CACAAAGGCCACACGGGGGACCGGCACAAUCGCGCGUAUCUUCGAGAGCGAUUCUCCGCUUCAGCCCGUCGAAACGUGGCCGAGAAGUAUUACGACUGCCUGCAGUGCGCGGAGCAAUGUCGUCACGUGACGAACAUCGUCACCAGCACCAACAACAAUAACAAUAACAACAACAACAACAGUAAUAGCAGUAACAACAACGUCAAGCUCGAAAAGUGCGCGAAAAGCAACAUCCUGAUCCCAAGCAACGGUACGAACAACUGUCGACUGACCAGUCCCCUUAGUUCCACGAUGAUCAAGGAGGAUCCUAAAGCUUUAGCUUUAGCUUGCCUGGACGAUUUCAAAACGUUGACGAACUCGAAGAGCACCAAGCUGUCCGGAUCGCUGAAGAUCCAGCCGCUGUUCUUGACCCCGGCGAAGAAGAGAUCCUCGUUGGCGCGUCCGGUUCGCGUUCACGACUCGUUCACUCAGCCGAAGAAACUGUUACCCGCGAACUACGCGUUCCAGACGUUGCAGAAACGAGAGACGAACGAGUCCACGUACGAGGACGACGAACACGAGGAGACUAGCUGGCCUAUUCGACUCAGGUUCGAGCAGAUGCUCGAGCUGACUCUGCCGCAGACCAAGAAGAGGAGGAAAAAGAAGACUUCGAUGAGGCUGAUGAAGCAACAGCAGCAGACCAGACACGUCUGCAAGGACACGGAGAGGCUGCUCCGCGUACUCAGCGUUAACAAUGUGGACCAAGAUAAUAGGUACAACGUCACACGGUGUUCUGUCAUGUAGAAGACUAUAUAAACGAUCGUGGGAGGAACUGACAGAGACUGGUGUUCGAUUAACGUAAGGCUAAACAAUUGCGCGACAAAGGCUACCGAAUCGUACGAAUGUUAUUUGGGAUUUAGGGAUCUCUAAUCGGCUGGACUAGGAUUGCACGGUCUGCUUGUGAGAGUCUUUAGAUGUCCCGGACAUGUUGGAAUAUUAUCACUUUACUUCGACAAGGUCUACGAAUAACAUUCAGAACGAUUCGAGGCGACAAUUUAACUCGUUUAACCGAAUCAGUUGGAAGCUCGCAAGUGGGAAUACUCGUGUCAGGUGGGAAUUCAAUGUCAGGUCUACGGAAACACGGAUUGGUUUCAAUCCCGUUCAUUUCUUCGACGAAAAACGGGACUGUGUCGCGACAGGGUACAGCACUUUAAAUACGAGGAGAAUAGUACGUUCUAGCGGGUGACAUUUCUGAACAAAAGCUAGACCUAUUCAAAGAUUUUGAUAACAUUAGAAGGACUUAAUACUAGAGAUUUAAGAAUGUUUCAUACGGAGACAAAACAUUUGACACGUCGAAGAGGAUAGAUGUUUGACCGAACGACUUCGAGUCAAGAAUUUCGAGGGAGUUUGGAAUAGCAAAUUGGCAAGUUUGAGAUAACCUAUUCGAAAGAACUUGAAAUGUGCCGGUUUUGUGAAAUAUUAUGGAUGGAUCGAGAAAGCUUCUUGAAAUCCGUACAAACAUGAAUUUUGGUGAAAUUGGAGGAAAUGGGUUUCGUUGCAAUGAUUUCUUGAUAAUAAAGAAAAAUUGAGACGUUCGGAUUUUCGUGAACUUCGAAGAGCCGUUUCGAAGAUCUGCAGAUAUUUUUGACGAUAUCUCAUUGCAACGAAUGUCAUUCGCGCGCACGAAAAAUUGAAGUGGAGUCGGUAACUGAAUCGAAACACGUCGACAUUAUUUUCAUUCUGUUCUACAAAAUGUAACGGAUGCUCCCUAAAGUUUUACAAGGAAUUCGAUGGAUAUAAAGUUAUGUGAUAAAUAUUAGCAUAUUUGUGAUGUUUUUCAAAUAAAUACAAUUUGCUGUAAUAUUACAAAUAUACAUAUGUAUCUGUUGAUGAUAAUUUCAUUGAUAGAAGAGGAAACUAUUCAACGUAACUUGGCUUUAUUUUUUAACCUGGUUCUAUUUCUUCUUUUCCAAUAGUAGCCUCAUUUCUUCUUGUUUCUACUUCUUUCUCUUCCCCUUCUGUUACUUGCACCAUUAUUCUUAUUUUUUACAAGUACUUUUCUUCAUAUUUCCAGUAUAAAUUAUCUUUACCCCUAUUUCUUCUUGAAGAUCCAAAUACGAAGAGCAAAUACGUGAUACAGAGCUAUAACGAUCAAGUACAAGACGAAAUUAUUACAUAAGUCCAUCGGAAGAGACGCAAGAUGUCUGGACGCGCAUUCGUUUCAUGAUCCUCGCGUCUCGAAUAUUCGUAUCUACUAUAUAUUUCUCCGUGUAUCUCGUUAGGAGUAAGACUCGACGAAACUGUACGCUUUGUGGAACAGAAUGCACGAAGAGCUCUGGUACUAAAGUUUUCUUCAAGCACGAAUUCGAGGUUCUUCCACAAGUGGCCAUUCGAAAUCGAAUUAAACGUUCCAUUUCGAAUGGCUGAUUUCCGGUUGGAAGCUGCACCAUGCGCAUGUCCUGUCAUGAGUAGCGAUGAAAUCCCAUAAAGUGACCAUUAUACAUUAAAUUUGGCUUUAUUUCGUGAGUACGUGUUGAACUUGAUCCCAUCGCUUCUCGUGAGACACGCGUACCGCUAACAGUAAGAAAGUUUACUAUCGCUUGUUGAGUUUGAUAAAAUACAUUCUACGAAAAGCAAGAUGAAUAUUUAUAUCGUUUUUAAGAUAGACAGUUAAAGAUCGUGGUUUGAGAAACAAUGGAGAUAAACGAGCGACAGAUAAUGGAGUGGCAAAACGUUGUUGAAACGACUCGAACUAAUUGGAGUAUUUAUUAUGGGAUAUUUAUUUAACGCAAUGCAGUUUGAGUCAUGAUCUUGGAACAAAUUUGAAAAGCGUUGAGUUGUUGCCGUUGAUUAAUUUUGUGUUGUAUAACUUUUCAUAAUUAUCUAAUUGUAAGAGAAGAUGUUACAUUUAUUGAAGACAUUGGAAAUCUGACUUUUUGUAAAUUUUAUCACCCACUUUCUAAGCAAUGAAUAUAAUCUCGGUAAUUAUUAAACUUUGGUUAAAUUUAAGAAACAAAUCGUCCAUUAAGAAACGACAAAUUGAAACAUAACAAGCGCCCGAUUUACCAAUGACGAUCAAUAACGAAAAUCAUUUGAUACGUACAGUUCGGAUAUCAUUCGCGAUCGUUGCAGAAAUUCGAAUAAUUCGCGAAAUGUGAGAAGCGUAGAACCAAUUAGAGUUUCCUUUCAUUAGAUGGUCACUGAAUCUUUCAAAUUCCAUACCACUUCGUCGCGAUAACUUUAUUGUUGACGAGGACAUUUUUUUUAUUCGGUUCGUCAUUGGAUACGCUUGAAUUCUUAUACAAGAAUUUCAGAAAUAAAAUUAAUUUCUUCAAAGAUUCGAUUUUUAAACGUAAAUUCUGAUUAAAAAUUUUAAAUUACAAUCUUAUUUUAAAAAAAUGUUGAAACGCCAUAUUUGAUAGCACUAUCGUACAAUAAUUUGGAUCCUUUUUUUUUUUGAGAAUCGAUGGACUGACAAACAUCAAUGAUUUCAUCAUUGAACCGAAUGAAAAAAAAAUCUAACCAAAAAUUCUAACAUCUACACGCUUGCAUUUUACAGACUAAUUCCGUCCCCAAAGGGUGAACUUUCAACUAUCGAGAUUCGUAUGAUCCACAGUUCGAUUUCCAAUUACGCGAACACUGAAAAUACUUUGCGUUGUUUGAAAUAAUAAUCAAAAUGUUCGUUCUAAUGCGACAAACUUCUAUUGUGAAUUUUGGAUCCUUUUGUUGUAUGAGACGAGUCGAAAUUUGUAAAAGGUAUGCAAUGUGAAAACUAUAUUUAUGUAUGUUUCAGAAGAAAUUAUACCGAUAAAUGUUAUCGACGAUCGAAAGUCGACUCGCUGCGAGCGCCGGGAAACGUUAAUUAUUUUACUAAAAUUCGAGUCACUCGAAUCGUGUAUGACGUAAUUAAAGAACUAUUUAACUAUCGUAACAGAG